CCAUCAGUCCGUAUACAUACUGCGACUCCGAUACCUAUCCGGGACUACACUUCGAUUUCUAUCAAUUUGUACCCCCGGACUAUCAGGACUGGUUCCGUUGUCGACUAGUAUGUCGUACAUGGAAAGAGAUCCUAGGACCCUAUCCCCAUCGCACACUCCCCGACAAAACCGAUAUCACCUCUCACACGAAUACGAGGGGAAUUACGAGCAUGUAUCUUAAGCGCUAUGGCAUCUUGUUCGAAAUUCCUCUAGAACAAUACAAAGAACUGGUGGGCCAACUCACCGUGCUUCGCAUCCAACAAUUUUCCGGCUGGACUCCACCGCCUAAUUCUGGGCACCCAGCUGGAUCGAUCAAGUUCAGGAAUGUUCGCUUCCUGAGUAUCUCUGGGUCUGACACCCGGCCAGACUUUUGGCCAGGUUUAGCUGAAGCUUGUCCUAACCUUGUUUCACUGGCCAUCCGGGAGGUCCUAGGAUCUCUUUCCAUGUACGACAUACUAGUCGACAACGGAACCAGUCCUGAUAGUCCGGGGGUACAAAUUGAUAGAAAUCGAAGUGUAGUCCCGGAUAGGUAUCGGAGUCGCA